AUGGUUGAAGGGACGGGGCAGAAGUUUGCGGAGGCCACCACGAUUGUGGCCGGGGUUGGGUCUCUCACAGCUACUCUCAUGUCGAUUGUUUCAAUAUGGCUUCAGCUCCGUUACUUCAACGAUACGUCGUUCGAAUCCUCCUCAUCCCAGUGCCUCGACCCCAUCCGUGACAUAUACGAGGCCUUCACAAUCUUCACGUUUUUUCAACUCCUUAUCAACUACCUCGACGGUGAACGGGCCCUCAUCAUAAUGACCCACGGCCGUGAGCCCAAACCACUGUUGUUCCCCUUGAACCACUGUCUCCCUCCAAUCGACAUCUCAGAUCCACACUCCUUUCUGGCGGUUAAGCGGGGCAUUCUUCAGUACGCAUGGCUGAAGCCGAUUCUUGGUCUGUCGGCCGUCAUCAUGAAGGCUACAGGCACAUAUCAUGAAGGGAAACUUGAGCUGAAGUCGGGAUACUUUUGGAGCACCAUCAUCUACAACUUCAGUGUCACCAUCAGCCUAUACUCGCUCGGCCUCUUCUGGGUUAUAAUGCACGAGGACCUGAAGCCGUUUCGCCCAGUACCGAAAUUUUUGUGCGUGAAGCUCAUCAUCUUUGCGUCGUACUGGCAAGGAUUUUUGCUCUCCGUCCUGGUCUGGCUUGGUGCUCUCCCGACCGACAUGGAUGGGUACACACCGGAUAAUCUGGCGCUUGCUAUUCAGGAUGCACUGAUUUGUAUCGAAAUGCCAGCAUUUGCAGUGGGUCAUUGGUAUGCGUUCUCGUGGCAUGACUUUGCCGAUGAUACGGUGGCAGCCGCCCGGAUGCCGGUGAAAUAUGCUCUCCGCGACGCCUUCGGCAUUCGUGAUCUUAUCGAAGACUCGAAGCUGACGUUUCACGGUAACAACUACGCGUAUCGUGAUUUCGACUCAAAUGACAAGAUAUUGGCUCAUGAAACAUCUCGCUCGAGAAUGGCACGGCUUAGAGCCGGCAUGCGGUACGAACGCGGUGGCAAAGGAAAAUACUGGAUCGCAAGUCCUGACAAGGCGAAUGCGAGUGAUGUGGAUCCGUAUACUCCUUUGCUUGGGGGCAACAGCCGUGAUCAGUGCGUUUCUGGACCGAGCCGUAACAACUCCCAGUCUUUUGAAAGCAGCACGUUUGAAGACCCCACGCUAGAUCCGGAUAUGGAGAACCUCUAUGCCAAGGCGCGGCAACUCGAGUAUGGUGACUGGAAUUAUCCUGUUGUCCCUGCGAACGGCCUAUCACGAGAGGACCGCUGGAGGGCGGCGACUCCCAUCUCGUAUGGCCAAGUGCCGAGUUGGGUGCCAAGCUACGAUGCGCCAAUGUCUCCAACAGUAGCCAGCGAUAGAGGCACAACGCAAGAACAGCCACCAACGGUCACAGUGACGAAGAAAAAAAGCAAACCAAAGCCCAAGAAUGCGCCAGCUCGAAAACGAACACUGUCACACGACCAGAAAGCACCAGUAAAACCCAGUGACGAUGUCAAUGAUGUAAGCAGAGAUGCAACCGGGCCAGUUUCUCCCAAAAGUCCGGAAACAGACAACAUCAAGGCCGACGACGAGGCAACGCGGCUAUGGCAGCAGACUGGAGGGAACUCUGGAGCCGCAACAGAGCCUGAGGACACAAUCGCAUCGCCGGCAUAUGACUUUCAGGGGGAAGCUUUUCAGAAUGUAUGGGGUAGCGGCGACAGCCCGGCAGGACACUAG